AUGUUUAGCAGCAACAGCCACAGUAGCAACAGCAGUAGUAGCAGACGGAUCACCAGCCUGGACCGACGACGACUGACGCAGCUGACAAAAUGGUGCACGCUCUUCAUCAUUUUAGAGUCUACGAGCGUUGGAAGCAGUUUAAUCACUUCCACUAGUCGUACCUUGUCCACCAGCAGUACACCGGCCACUAUCAGUAGCAGCUCUACCACCACCACCACCACCACCACCAGCAUCACCAUACCCAGUAGCAGCAGUUGGUUGGAAGGUACGAGCCUCGCCAGCUCCGCCGAUCCCUACUCUUCAACCACAGCCGCAGUUCCUUCCCUCGAAACACUGCCCCGUUUCGAAGCACUCGUGCAGGAAAGUCCAAACAGUUCUCGGGGCAAAACGCUUCCCCUGUUGGGUUCGGGUGCACUCAGAGAAACCCAGUCGUCCCAGUCGGUCCCCGAGGGUGGUCAAAGGCUAUCGACCAGCAAGCGUGGUCCCGGUAGCAGUAGUAGUAACACUAUUAGCAGUAGAGGUAGUAUCACUAGUACCAGCGUUUAUGAUUCGCUGACAUCCCGAAGGUCGUCCGGAUCCGACGGUAUCAGCAAACUCACCACCAUCGCACCGGAACUGGUGGACGGUCUGAGAGGUAGCGGAGCGAGCAGUAGUUUUAGUAAAAUCACUAGCGCCAAUCUAAUACUCGCCGAAGGUGGCCACGGUGAGUCCGGCAAGAUCGGACCGGGUCAGAAGGUGCCCGUGGGAUUCUCCGGCAGUAGCAGCACCAGCAAGGGUGGGUCUGGGAAAACUUCCAACACGAAAGCAGCCUCGUCGGAGGUUGAACCAAGUGGUAACCGGCUCGAGGGUGGCGAUGUGACCACUGCUGAGGGUAAUUUUAGUAAAAUGUACUUCGAAACUGACAACCACACCACCAUUGCGUCCCAGGUUGGCUCGAUAGCGGUGUUGCCGUGUGCAGUACGUAACAUAGGCGAGGGUGUGGUGUCAUGGAUAAGGCGAAAAGAUUAUCACCUACUCACGAUCGGUGUCACUACCUACAGUAGUGACGAGCGGUUUAACAUCAUCCACUCAGAGGACACGGAGGAAUGGCCUCUACAGAUCAAAUACGUGCAGUUACGAGACGCCGGUCUUUACGAGUGUCAAGUUUCAACCCAUCCACCGACGUCAAUCUUCGUCAAGCUGGAUGUAGUUGAAGCAAAAGCGGAAAUUUUCGGCCCAUCGGAAAAGUAUCUUAAACCGGGCUCGAUGCUCCGGUUAACGUGUCGCGUCGUACAAAGCAACGAGCCACCGUUGUACAUAUUCUGGUACCACAACAAUCGCAUGAUCAACUACGAUGCACAUCGGGGCGUGAACGUAUCGACGGAAGCGGACAAUCGGUACUCGGAGCUUGUCAUUUCACACACCAAUACACUCAACUCGGGAAACUAUUCGUGCGUUUCAAACAAUGCCGUCGCUGCAUCUACGCUGGUGCACAUUCUGAAUGGCGAAAACCCGGCAGCCAUGCAACACGGUGAUCAUGGAAAUGCGGUCCUGGUGGCAUCACAUAUUCAGCUGCCGCUGGCAAUUGUAACAUAUCAGGUCAUCAAUUUCGUCUUAAAUAUGCAUUGAGUUCACUGCACAACGAGGACAAUGCCGACUAA